CGCCACCUUCGCUAUGUCUCUGUGAUCUGUACACAACCAAUCAUUUUUGUUUGACAAAUAUUUCUAAAUAAUUUCCUAUUUUUAAUACUAUUAAAUAUAAAUAGUUAGAAUAUGAAUAAUUAAGAUUUUAUUGGUGAAUUUCUUGACUUUUUUACACUAUAAUAUUUGUAUACUAUAAAAUAUAGAAAGUAAUUACGUCAAAAUGGCUCUCAGAACUUACGGCGAUAAGCCGAUUAGUUUUCAAAUAGAAGAAGGAGGUGAUUUUUACUGUGUGGGAUCAGAGGUGGGUAAUUACCUACGUCUGUUCCGUGGGUCUCUUUACAAAAAGUACCCUGGCAUGGCCAGGAGGACACUCACAAAUGAGGAAAGGAAAAGGCUAAUUGACAAUGGACUUGGUCCUCAUGUGUUGUCCAGCUCUGUGUCAUUGUUAAAAGCGUCGGAAGUUGAAGAUAUUAUAGAAGGAAAUGAUGACAAAUAUAAAGCAGUAUCAGUAAGUCAAGAGUUAGCUACACCCAGAGAGAGUAAAAGUAAGAAACCACACAAUCCAUCAUGGCUGCCUGUAAUGCCGAACUCCUCUCAUUUAGAUGCUGUUCCUCAAGCGACACCUAUUAGCCGAUCUAGGGUGCAUAAUAAAAAGGUCCGUACAUUCCCACUUUGUUUCGAUGAUACGGACAUGACAGCGAUGUUGGAGAAUGCUUCGCAAAAGCAGGUGCUUGUACCAAUCCGUCUUGAUAUGGAGAUAGAAGGUCAAAAAUUGAGGGACACAUUUACUUGGAAUAAAAAUGAGUCAAUAAUCACACCGGAACAAUUCGCUGAAGUGCUAUGCGAUGAUCUUGAACUCAACACAAGUACGUUCAUUCCUGCCAUAGCGUCGUCCAUCCGUCAGCAAAUAGAUGCAUUCCCGAGCGAACCUCCGGCUAUAUUGGAGGAACAGACUGACCAGAGAGUGGUCAUCAAACUAAACAUACAUGUUGGGAAUACUUCUCUUGUUGAUCAGGUGGAAUGGGAUAUGUCAGAAAAAGAGAAUAAUCCAGAACAGUUUGCUAUGAAGUUGUGUGCGGAACUGGGUUUGGGCGGCGAGUUCGUCACAGGCAUCGCAUACAGCGUCCGCGGACAGCUCGGCUGGCACCAACGGACGUACGCCUUUAGCGAAGCACCAUUGCCCGUUGUUGAGACACCAUACCGCCAGCCGUCAGAGGCCGAGCAAUGGGCGCCUCACCUGGAGACUCUCACCAACGCGGAAAUGGAGAAGAAGAUUCGAGACCAGGAUAGAAACACGAGACGCAUGCGUCGUCUUGCAAACACUACGCCCGAUGUGUCGAUGAGUCGCGCUGUGAAUCGGCUGAUCCGUGCUGACGAAGCCAUGUUCCAAACGACGCCAGAAAAGAGGAGGAAAAAGAUAUAAUCACCCAACGCCAUGUUUUUACUGGCCGAUGAAAGUCCGUAGCAAGUUCUAACUAGUUAUAAACAUUUUAUUGUAAUAUUAAUAUGUUCAAUAAGUUUGAUUUUUAUAUGUAUAAUUACCGGAACGGCAAACAAAUCGACUAAUAGUGAGUUGUAACCGUCGCCUAUAUACAUGAAUAUCACUUCAUGAAGUGGUCUUGUAAGAACC